UCAUAUUGGUAUCUCGCUUGAAAAUAUAUUCCUAGUGUCGGUGACCUCUGUCCUUGCAAGUAGUUACCAAUUAAAUUUUUUUUUUACGACUGUCCGAUGAGAACACUUCUUUUGCUGCUUUGGAACCAGAUCCAGCCGCUAGCAUUUUGAACCCUGCAUUUCUCUUUUAACACAUCCAUCGUUCAAUGCGCUUGUUUUGAUCUAUAGAUCUUAGGUUCGGAGUCUCUGUGUGUGUUUUGGUGUGGGGGUUUUCAAGUGACAAAAUUAGAAUGGGGAAAGAAUCAAAGUCAGGAGGGUGUUUGGGGUGGUUACUGGCGAUAGUAAUAUUGGCUCUGGUUGUGGGAGCCAUUGUUUAUGCAGUGAAGCAGAAAAUCGAUCACGCCAAUGAUAAUAAGCCAUCUCCCGUUCCAGGUCCUCCAGGCGCCAUUGACAAGAAGUAUGCCGAUGCUCUCAAAAUCGCAAUGCAAUUCUUUGACAUUCAAAAAUCUGGUAAGUUAGUGAAUAAUAAGAUAUCAUGGAGAGGAGAUUCGGGACUUAAGGAUGGAAAUGAAGCGAACUUGGAUCUUUCCAAGGGGAUGUAUGAUGCUGGAGAUCACAUGAAAUUUGGUUUUCCAAUGGCAUUUACUGCUACUGUGUUAUCAUGGGCUAUCCUCGAGUAUGGAGAUCAGAUGGCGGCAGUGAAUCAACUGGAACCUGCUCAACAAUCUCUCAAGUGGAUUACUGAUUUCCUUAUAAAUGCUCAUCCUAAAGACAACGUUCUCUAUAUUCAGGUGGGUGAUCCCGACUUAGAUCAUAAAUGUUGGGAAAGGCCUGAAAACAUGAAAGAGAAGAGGCCUCUCACACAGGUGAACAUAACUGUUCCAGGGACAGAGGUUGCAGCUGAGACUGCUGCUGCUAUGGCUUCAGCAUCUCUGGUGUUUAAGACAUCUAACUCGGCAUACUCAAGCACACUUCUUAAGCAUGCCAAGCAACUUUUUAAUUUCGCGGACAAAUAUCCAGCUUCUUAUAGUGAGAACAUCCCAGAAGUUGCUACAUAUUACAAUUCAACAGGGUAUGGAGAUGAGCUGUUAUGGGCAGCAAGCUGGCUCUAUCAUGCAACAGGUGAUCGAUCGUACCUUGACUAUGCGACUGGUGAAAAUGGGAAACAGUUUGCUUCAUGGGGAAGUCCAACCUGGUUUAGCUGGGAUAAUAAAAAUGCAGGAACCCAGGUCUUGCUUUCCAGGUUAAGCUUGUUUGGUGCCAAAGGAGUCUCUGGGAACUCUGGCCUCAGAAACUAUAGGAGCUCUGCUGAAGGUGUUAUGUGUGGUCUUUUGCCAAAGUCUCCCUCAGCCACAUCCAGCAGAACAGAUGGUGGUCUUGUAUGGAUCAGUGAAUGGAAUGCUCUGCAGCACCCUGUUGCCUCUGCAUUUUUAGCUGCUCUUUACAGUGAUUACAUGCUUACAUCACAGACUGCAAAAAUAACCUGUGGUGACCAUUCAUUCAAACCGUCGGAUCUUAGAAAGUUGGCCAAAUCACAGGCUGAUUAUGUAUUGGGCAAAAACCCUUUGAAAAUGAGCUUUCUUGUGGGGUAUGGGGAUAAGUACCCACAAUAUGUGCAUCAUAGAGGAGCUUCAAUUCCAGCUGAUGCGACUACUGGUUGCACCGACGGCUUCAAGUGGCUUGAUUCAACUGAACCGAAUCCUAAUGUGGCUGUUGGAGGCCUUGUGGGUGGGCCUUUCCUUAAUGAAACAUACAUCGAUUCCCGGAACAACUCAAAGCAAGCCGAGCCGACCACAUAUAACAGUGCCCUCAUUGUUGGCCUUCUCUCAAGUUUGGUCACUACCUCAUCUGCAGUUAAAUCCUUCACCUAAAAGUAAAAGUAGCCAUAGCCUGUAACUGAUUACACUUUUGUACCUAUAUGCAGUUGUAUCAAUACCACGUUUCCCUAUAAAACUUGUUCUUUAAGUA